UUUAAGAACCAUAACAAGGACCCUUGAAUUUUAUGCUGAAUCAGAGACUUUUGAAUGGCGAAGAAAUAUCUGGAUUAAAGGAAGUAUAUGAUUUCAGUUUCUCUCUCUCAAGAAGUCAUUUAUAUUAGUCAAAAAGAUCCAAUCUUUCAGCAGCUGGUUUUGCUCAGUUGUUUAAGCAGUCUUUUGUUUUCUGUGUCCUGGUUUUAUCUUCCUUUUUGUCCUUUUUUAGAAGUUUUUGCUAAAAGGGUUUAUGGGUUUUGGGGUUCUUGAUUAUUAAAGGGUGUAUAUUUUGCUGGUUCGAUUUGUGCUUGUAAUUUUAUGUUGUGUCCAAGUUGAUUCUGUCUUAUAAAAGUUUCUGGGUAAGAAGGGUUUCAAGAAUUUAAUUUCUUUCAGUUUUUGGGCCUUCUUGGUUUGUUUUUUAAGAUUUUUGAUUUUGAAUAUCCGAGGAGGUGAUGGUGAUUUAUGGGUAGUACAACUGUUGAAGGUGGUGCAAAGGUAAAAAGAAGUGCUACUGCCGGGAAACCAAGCUUCAUCUCUUCGACGCCAGUUUCCAAUCACACUUCAAUUGUGGCUUGCAGGCAAGCAGCAGCGAAUACAAUGCAAUCUUCACAAGCUAAUGACUUUGGGGUCCUUGAGCAAUAUCUUGGAUUCCCGAUUGGAGAUGCUGCUAAUGUCAAUCGCAAUCCAGUGUUUAAUCCAACUAUAACCAGCCAAUUGGGGGGUCCUAAUCUCACAUUUAAUAAGUCUCUUGCUUCUACCAGUACAAGUUUUCCCCCUUCUUUUCUGGGGUCUCAAGCAAUACAGUCGCAUCUCAAUCCGGUUUCUGUGUCUGGGGCUCAACAUGAGAACUGGGAAGAGUCCAACAGGGCAGAAUCCAGCUCCCAUACAGAUACUUCAACUGAUGUGGAUCCAGAUGAAAAAAAUCAGCAGUUUGAAAUGGGUCAAUCCACAGCUGCUACAGCCUCCGGUUCCAGUGACAGAUCAAAAGAAAAGCGCCUCGAUCAGAAGACACUUCGAAGACUUGCCCAAAAUCGUGAAGCUGCUAGGAAAAGCCGACUGAGGAAAAAAGCCUAUGUACAGCAGCUGGAGAAUAGCCGUCUGAAGCUAAGCCAGCUAGAGCAGGAGCUGCAGCGGGCACGUCAGCAGGGUAUAUUCAUCUCAAGCACUGGCGAUCAAUCUCAUUCUGGCAGUGGUAAUGGGGCCUUGGCGUUUGAUGUGGAAUACUCAAGGUGGUUGGAAGAGCAAAACAAACUGAUAAAUGAGCUGAGGACAACAGUCAAUUCACAUGCAAGUGACACUGAACUUCGUAAUAUUGUGGACAAUGUGACUACACAUUUCAAUGAAAUUUUCACAUUGAAAGGUAAUGCAGCCAAGGCAGAUGUAUUCCAUAUCUUGUCAGGAAUGUGGAAAACACCUGCAGAAAGGUGCUUUAUGUGGAUUGGUGGUUUUCGUCCAACUGAACUUCUCAAGCUUAUUGUGAAUCAACUAGAGCCAUGGACGGAGCAACAGUUAGCACGGAUCUAUAGUUUGCAGCAAUUAUCACAUCAAGCUGAAGAUGCCCUUUCACAAGGUAUGGAUGCGCUGCAGCAAUCUCUAGCGGAAACAUUGGCCAAUGGAUCAUCUGUACCUGAAGGGUCAAAUGUUGCUAAUUAUAUGGGUCAGAUGGCAAUGGCCAUGGGGAAAUUGGGGACUCUUGACGAUUUUCUGCAUCAGGCGGACAACUUGAGGCAACAAACGUUCCAGCAAAUGCAUCGUAUCUUGACAGUCAGACAAUCAGCACGUGCUGUUCUCUUGUUACACGAUUAUUUUUCAAGGCUUCGAGCCCUGAGUUCUCUAUGGCUUGCAAGGCCACGAGAGUGAUUAGCUGAAGAUUGACACUAAGAAACGAAGAUAAAGGAGAAUAUGCAUUACCUCUCCGUAUGGGGGGGAUUCUAUGCAACCAAUGGCCAAUGCCGGAGCCUUCAGUCCUUGUAAAAUGCAGUGAGGUUGUUUCUUCCUUGUUAGUACAUGUAAAAUAUGUUUAGUAGUAAGAUUUUUUAUGUUAUUUCUGUGAUCAGGAGAGAUGGAAUCAAUAGCACAAUUGUGUUGUUCUUUACUAAAGCCCAGAAAAAUAUUAGUCGAGUAGUGAUGGUCAUGUGUAAAGAUAUUUGAUCCCAAUAAUAUAACACAAGGGAACUUUAUUUA